UGUCAUUCGUCAAAUUGUUCUGAGUAGGCAGGCGUUCUUUCUGUGUCAUAUUUGUUCUAUCACCACGAAACAUGACGACAUUGGUGUUGCUGGUUGAAUUACACUAAGUUGGCAUUUGGCAUUCUUUCAGUGUCAGUGCAUUUCAGUGUAUAUUUUGUGGUGUGGAUGUGUAUAGUGGUCUGAGAGUACACAGUUAAAUCCGAAAAGAUAAUUUUACAUUUCUGCAUGUCGCAGUCUUUUCGUGCCUAAAAUCCUAGGAUAAUUUUCCUGUAUUUAAUUUCCAUCCAAGAUGGGUAAAGGGUUCAAUAAUUACAUGUGCAAAAAAUUCUUCCAUCCUGCAUCGCGAGACAACUUGAAACGAGUAUGGAUGGCUGAACAGAAAGCUGAAGCGUACAAAAAGAAGCAGGAAGAACUUCGACAACAGUAUGAAAAGGAACAGGACCUUCAUGAUAAUAAAGCUAUGCUCAGUAAAGAGAGCAAAGAUAAGCUAAGUAUAAGCUUCAUGUAUGAACCCCCACCAGGUGCGAAAAAAGAACGCGAAAGAGAAGAAAAUGAGCCCGAGUAUAAAUUUGAAUGGCAAAGGAAGUAUAAUGCUCCACGAGAGAGUUACUGUAAGGGCGACCAAGAGAUACGAGAUCAACCAUUUGGUAUACAAGUGAGGAAUGUUAGGUGUAUCAAAUGUCACAAAUGGGGACAUAUUAAUACAGACAAAGAAUGUCCAAUGUACAAUCUUUCAAUGAGUGCUGCGAGAUCUUUAGAGAAUGCAACAGUGAUGGACCAAAAUUCUUUAGUGCAGCAGAUGUUGGAUGAUGGUUUGGCAUUGAAGAAACAACACAUGAACACUGCAGAAGCCACUAAGCACUUGUUAGUAACAGAAGAUGAUGGAGAUAAUGCAGAAGUGAGGUUUCUGAAAUCGCUAUCUAAGAAGCAGAAGAAAGCACUAUUAAGGAAAUUGGAAAAACUGGAACAUGAACCAAAGCCUACCAAGCAAAUUAAGAAAAAUGACUCUGAUGAUUCAUCUGAUGAGGAUUCCAAGAAAAGCAACCCAAAGAAGAUGAAAAAAUUAAGUUCCAAGUAUGAUUCAGACUUGAAUGAAUCAAAACAAAUGGAAAACUACAGUGACAGGAAGAGAAAAGAAGAGAAAGAGAAAACAGGGCACUCAAGAGAGAAGAGUUAUGAUAAAAGCAAUAAUAUGGAGAGAUCAAGAAACCAUAGGAGGCACUCAAACAGUGGAGAACCAGACCAUAGGAGGCCAUCUGACAGUAAAGAAAGAUAUUCUAGGAAGAGAAAAAAUGGGGAUGACAAGGAACAUUCAAAGAAAAGGCGUUAACCCUGUUAUGCCCAGAAUUAUUUUUCCUGUGUUUUCACCAAAUAUUAUAUCAUCAUUCAUUGAUCACAUUUUCAUUCAAAAUUAUAAUUUCCUCAAAAUUAUGGCUUCAAGGUAGUUUUUUAAUGUAUGAUAAAUCAUACGCUGGGCUAAAAUAGGAUAAGAAAAGGUCAAAACAAUGGUAUAUCCGAUAUAUAUUUAAAGAAACGAUUACACAAUAAUACGUAUAAACAUAAAGUCGGACUUCUAAUAAAACCUUACAGAAUAGUUUUGGUUUUAGCCAGUAUUUGGGACUGAAGGUGGUGCAGCUAAAAGAACUAAGACUAGUUUUCCACGGAAUUCAAGGAGUAAGAUAGACUCAAUCCUUGUUAGGAGUGCCUGACGAUAUAGGUUUGUUUGUUUCAGAUUUAUUUAGCAUUAAUGCUACAAUAUCCGUAAUAUCUAUGUUACACAGUAUAUCACAUAAUAUAUUAUGUCUUCAAGACUACAUAUUUUUAUACAAAAUUUCACUACUAUGAAUUUUGGUUUUCCAUGAGAUGUUUUUCCAAUUUCCCCUUGAACAUUUUCAAACUGACACAUCUUGAUAUCAGUACUUAAUUUAUUAAAUUCGUACAAUCCCUUUUGAAACAAUGACUUGCGCAUUAUAUUGCUACUGCAGUUUUGUAAAUGAAAGUCUAUACUCCCUCUGGUACAAUAACUGUGGCACUCAUUGUUCAGUACAAUAAAAUGAUUCGUUAGAAGAUUAUUUUUUACUUGAAUAUGAAAAUGAAAACCAAGUAGUUUAUGAAGUUUUUGAUAUUUAACCAUUGUAGUUCUUCCAGCAUAAAAUGUAUUCUAGUAUAUUUAUUUUUAUUUAAGAUGAUUCUCAUAGCUUUAUUUUGUAAUGAGGAAGAAUUAUAGUGUUGUACACAAUUUUUUUAGAAUAAACGCUUUGGCUAUGCGAAAUUCUAUAAAAGUAAUUUAUUUUCUUGGAUAUUUUUGAAAUAAUAUAUUCAGAGUGCCCCUCAAAUUUUGAUUCACUAUCUACGUAUAUGCCCAAAUAAUUAAAUGAUUCAAUUGUCAAAAAUUUUACAUGAUUAGUCGUAAGAUUUAUGGUGUUUUGAUCUAAAGAUUUUCCUAUUAGCAUAUAUAAUGUUUUGUUUGUGUUUAAUUCGAGUUUAUUCACAUUUAACCAAUUUAUUACGUUUUUCAUAUC